AGUUUGUUAUUAGUUCAGUUCGUGUGUACGUCAAAUAAUCAUUUUUGAUUUUCCAAAUACCAGAACACGUCUGGUAAUUUAAUUUUUCGAAACGGCUUUAACGAUAUAAUCAAUCCUUGUUGAAAAUGAGUUUGUUCGAAUAACAAUUGAAGUGCAGUGAUAUCUUUUGAGACUGUUAUGGCAGAAGAUUGCACGGUAGUGCGAUUUUCAAGGGAUUCGUCUCUUGCUAAAAUCGAAAAUUUAAAACAAGGGGAAAAUCCGGAUAAAUUUUCGGAAUGCGGCCGUUUCGGAGCUUUUUAUGUUGUUUGUAUCGCUCUAUCGAUCAUAACCUACGUCCUAGAUUUAGUACUAGCUUGCAUUUUGUUAUAUUUUUAUUCAAUUAACGGUUAUGGGUUAUAUUUCGCCCUUACGUUAACUUUUUUUAUUAUUCCCGCUAUUAUUAUGACCACCAUUAGUUUACGAUGGUAUAUCGUAGACCACGACGACCCAUCAUUAGAUCGUAUCUCAGUAUCUCAAUGGGUUAUAAGAAUUAUAUUCCUCUUGAUACAACUCUCGCCCUUAUUGAGGUAUAUAGAUACGAUGAUCUACGGUAUCCGAAGCAAAAUAGCUGCUUCUACAGGCAACGAGUCGAAACAAACACUUUUGUAUCGUCGUAUGUUGGACGAAGAUACUAACAGCGCCCUCUUACGACUGUUUCACUGUUUCUUACACGCGGCACCACAAGCUAUACUACAGCUAGUGAUUUUGCUCACUCAUGUUGCUCACCCCGAAAAGUACCGCUUGAAUAUUAAUUUAGCAGUACUUCAAGCAUGGACAGUAUUAGUAGCUCUCAUGUCGAUAGCUUGGUCUUUGACAUCUUACCACAGAUCAGUCCGGUAUGCCAGGGAUGACAAGGAUAAAAUGAAAUGGCCUGGUAUUUUAAUGGCUUUCUGUUGGCAACUCAUGAGUGCAUUAUCUCGAGUGUUGGCUUUGAGCUUGUUGGCCUCGAUCUUCCCGGCGUGGAUGGGCUGUGUAUGCGCUCUCCAUUGGGGAGUAAUGUCCAUCUGGUUGGCGUUAGGACAACACCAAACGGCUGCCUGCGGCAGCCGUUGCGAAGAACUCCUUUUGUCCACAGCCCUAGGUCUGGCUUACGUUCUAGCCUUCAUAUCUCCCAGAGACGGACCCACCAGAUACGUAUAUUUGGCUUAUUAUUUAGUAUGUUUUAUGGAAAAUACGGCGGCUCUAGUUGUAUGGUGCGUCACGAACAAUUCAGUCGAUAAUCCCGUUUUGUAUUACGGAGCGGCCGGCGGACAGAUAUUUACUUUUUUACUGGGGAUAAUAUUUUUGCUCGUCUAUUACAAGUGUUGUCAUCCCUCUUUGGUGAACAGGUCGAAAAUACCCAGCGUCGAUUCGGAUUUUCUCGAAACCGAACGGCCCGGUUACAGCAAAUCUUAUAAUUUGAGGCCGAGAUCUUGAUCUUUGGUUUACGUCUAGAAAGACUUAAUCGUUUUAUAAAUAUUUAUAUUUUAUACCGAAAUGGCAGUAUCUACCGAUAAGUGAUAUUUGAUAAAUUGAAGGUUUUUACCUAAUUUAUACUAAUUGUAAAUCGUUCAAGUACGUAACAAGAAGAAUAUUCAUGUUUUAUUAAAACCUUGACAGGUAUGGUGGAAUCCUGGUGACACAAUAGCCGUUUAAGGGUAGUUUGUUCAGAUAUUUGGUACAGUUUGACCCCCUAGACGCUCAAAUAAUAUUUAUUUAGCAUAAUGGUCUGCUUAAGAUCGGUAUCUUUGCUCUAAUUGAUGUUUAAUUGCACUGCUAUAAGAUCUACGAUGACCCCUUCAGUUCUAAUCGACUCACACUAACCGUACUGACUCCAACGGUAUUAAAUCUUCACUCCUAUAGGUCCGAAACAUCCCUUGGAAUAUCGUCACUUUCUAAAACAAAUUUAUUCUGAUUAUUGAAUCAUACGCCUGCUUGAAAUCCAUAAAGAGAAGCUUCAGGAUUAGUCCUUGGUCGUAGCUGUUGUUCUGGACUACCUUCGGUAUGAAAAUUUCAUCACUUCGGUUUUUAAAGCCUCCCGGAAAGUAUUUAGACCUAAUCGACAUUUAUACUAAUUGUAAAUCGUUCAAGAACGUAACAAGAAGAAUAUUCAUGUUUUAUUAAAACCUUGACAGGUAUGGUGGAAUCCUGGUGACACAAUAGCCGUUUAAGGGUAGUUUGUUCAGAUAUUUGGUACAGUUUGACCCCCUAGACGCUCAAAUAAUAUUUAUUUAGCAUAAUGGUCUGCUUAAGAUCGGUAUCUUUGCUCUAAUUGAUGUUUAAUUGCACUGCUAUAAGAUCUACGAUGACCCCUUCAGUUCUAAUCGACUCACACUAACCGUACUGACUCCAACGGUAUUAAAUCUUCACUCCUAUAGGUCCGAAACAUCCCUUGGAAUAUCGUCACUUUCUAAAACAAAUUUAUUCUGAUUAUUGAAUCAUACGCCUGCUUGAAAUCCAUAAAGAGAAGCUUCAGGAUUAGUCCUUGGUCGUAGCUGUUGUUCUGGACUACCUUCGGUAUGAAAAUUUCAUCACUUCGGUUUUUAAAGCCUCCCGGAAAGUAUUUAGACCUAAUCGACAUUUAUACUAAUUGUAAAUCGUUCAAGAACGUAACAAGAAGAAUAUUCAUGUUUUAUUAAAACCUUGACAGGUAUGGUGGAAUCCUGGUGACACAAUAGCCGUUUAAGGGUAGUUUGUUCAGAUAUUUGGUACAGUUUGACCCCCUAGACGCUCAAAUAAUAUUUAUUUAGCAUAAUGGUCUGCUUAAGAUCGGUAUCUUUGCUCUAAUUGAUGUUUAAUUGCACUGCUAUAAGAUCUACGAUGACCCCUUCAGUUCUAAUCGACUCACACUAACCGUACUGACUCCAACGGUAUUAAAUCUUCACUCCUAUAGGUCCGAAACAUCCCUUGGAAUAUCGUCACUUUCUAAAACAAAUUUAUUCUGAUUAUUGAAUCAUACGCCUGCUUGAAAUCCAUAAAGAGAAGCUUCAGGAUUAGUCCUUGGUCGUAGCUGUUGUUCUGGACUACCUUCGGUAUGAAAAUUUCAUCACUUCGGUUUUUAAAGCCUCCCGGAAAGUAUUUAGACCUAAUCGACAUUUAUACUAAUUGUAAAUCGUUCAAGAACGUAACAAGAAGAAUAUUCAUGUUUUAUUAAAACCUUGACAGGUAUGGUGGAAACCUGGUGACACAAUAGCCGUUUAAGGGUAGUUUGUUCAGAUAUUUGGUACAGUUUGACCCCCUAGACGCUCAAAUAAUAUUUAUUUAGCAUAAUGGUCUGCUUAAGAUCGGUAUCUUUGCUCUAAUUGAUGUUUAAUUGCACUGCUAUAAGAUCUACGAUGACCCCUUCAGUUCUAAUCGACUCACACUAACCGUACUGACUCCAACGGUAUUAAAUCUUCACUCCUGUAGGUCCGAAACAUCCCUUGGAAUAUCGUUACUUUCUGAAACAAAUUUUUUCUGAUUAUUGAAUCAUACGCCUGCUUGAAAUCCAUGAAGAGAAGCUUCAGGAUUAGUCCUUGGUCGUAGCUGUUGUUCUGGACUACCUUCAGUAUGAAAAUUUGAUCACUUCCUCUCGGAAAGUAUUUUUACAUCCAAAUUUGGUAUUUUAUCCUUAAAGAAUUUAGUAAGCCAUUAGGUUUUAGUUUACUUUCCCUGAAGAUGAUAAUUUGGUUAUAGAAACGUCGUACGUACACAGUGUGUUCGUUGUAAAUGAUAUACGUCAAACUGUACUAUUGAAUUAUCUAGCUGUUGAGUGAAUUUAAAUAAAAAAUAGAAGUAGAGGCUUUGUGUUAUUGGGAAAUAAAAAUAAAUUUGCUGUGAUAAUAUCUGGAAAAAAUAUAUUGAGCCUUCUUGCCUGCAAAAUGUGCCCUAUACCUCUAUAUUUACAAAUAAUACCGUAAAGUGUUUCGUAUAAAUAAUAUUUAAGUGUGUAUAAAGAAAAUUAGAUGAAAAAUCAUUAAUCUUUGUGCAUUGAUUACAGGUAUAUUACAUAAAACAGUUUAUAGAAUUUUUUUGGACACUAUGUAAGUUUUCUCUGUUUGAUUAUACACCCAAGAGGAGUUUCUAAAAGUGACAGUGUGUGUAAUUCGAAUUAUUGAAAGUGUGAUACAAAAAUACGGUGAAUUAUUUUAUCUUAAACAAUUUGAGAAGAAAAUCAAAGAUAUGAAGUACUGCUACUAGAAUCCACCACUGGAAUUAUUUUGGAAUGGCUUUAAUGCUUGUUCUGUCCCAUGCUUAGUUCAUUUUGGUAAAAACUGUGGAAACAACUGCUUUAAAGUUGAAUUUAGUUUUUUUUUCAUGUAUAAUAUGGUUUUUCUCAGUGUUUUUCAGUUCCAAAUUAGUUUUUCUAACGCUAAUUUGACAAAAAAUGGUUUUUUUUCGAACCUAACCUUAUCAAAAUAUAUUUUCCUAAGUCAAAUUUACUUGAAAUUCGUUUUUCAUGUUUAAUUUGGUAAAAUAUUGGCUUUUCCAGAUGUAUUUUUGUCCUAAAUUAGAUUUCCUGACGCUAAAUUAAUUAAAAAAUUGUUUUCAUCAAAUUUUUGAUAGAAUCUGGUUUCUAUAAACCUAAUUUGACAAAAAAUGGCUUUUCUUGUAAUCUUGUGUAAAGAAAAAUUGCUUUUCUAAGGCAAAUUCAAGAUAAACUGUUUUUUCAUGUGUAAUUUGGUCAAAGAAUAGCUUUUCCAGGUGUACUUUUGUCCUAAAUUAGUUUUCCUAACGCUAAUAUUAACUAAAAAUUGAAGACAUUGACACAAUAGACAUAUUUCAACGUUUCCUGAUUUUCCUCUACAUUUUUUUCCAAUUUGGACUAAAGCAACAAUAGUAGCAAAACAAAGCAAUCGAUUCAUCAUAUUUUUUGAUCAUAUCUCGUACUAUUAAAAUUUAUAUCGUAUAUAUGUAUAUCAUUGAUUAUUUUCUAGAAAUAAUUGAUAAUUUGUUUGUUGCACUGUUACUAUUUUAGACUCUCCCCUAUAUAAAUAUACAAGUAGAAAACCAUCAAUUUUUUUUCAAAUACAUACCUGUUAUAUCGUUGUCCUUUUAACAUGUUUCUAUAUUGUGAUAUUUUGUUUUUAUUACACGAGCAAAUGAACUACUUUUCAUUUAGAGGUUAUGUCAAUUGGAGAGUAGUUCAUUUGUCCAAAUUUUGUGAACGGCACGCUAAAUUAAGACUGCCAAGUGCCAACUCCCAUUUUCAGCGUAAAAAAUGCCUUAAUAUAUUUAAAAAAAAAAUGAGAAUUAUGUGAAAUCGUUAACAGCUUCAAAUUUUAUUGUUGGUUUUUUGUUAUAAGAGGCCUAAUACAGAGAAAUAUAUAAAAGCUUGUUGAGUGUAUUUAGCAUAUAGGUAUGUAACACUGGUAAUCAAUUCAUUUUUCGUUCAACCCUUUUCAAGUAAGGAAUUCAAUACUUUUCUUACCAUUUUCCCAUUAUUAUUCUUGGUACUUUAUCUAAAUUCAAUUCAAUCCUUUCAGCACUUUACCAGGCAUAUUGAAAUGAAAAAAAUAGAUAUACUUUUAAUUUUGUUGUUGUUUAAUGUUGUUAGCUAGUUUAAAAAGAUUUCUCUUCCACUUACUAACAAUUUCAAAAUAAUUAAUGAAAUGUUUUUUCUUUAUUUCAAUGUCUACAGUAUGUCCUAAAUGGAAUUCCAGUUGUAUUCUUUUUUGUUGAAUAAACUUAUAUAAUUAUUCCAUGUCCUUGUGAAGAUAAUAUGUUGUUGGGAAAUAGUUUAUUAUCUAUUAUGUAAGAUGACUACAGCAUUAAUGUGUUUACCAUUUAAAUAAUUUUUUAUAGAAACUGAAUUUCCAUUAUUCUUGAUUUGGAAAUUGGAUUUUUGUAACCUGUCUUUGGAGUUAGGAAAACUCCAAGCAUAUCCUCGAAUUUUUUUUAAUUUACUUUUUAUAAAUAUAUACACGGUAAGAAUAAAAUAGCAAAAAAACUUCUAUUUUACAUUUAUGAAAAGUUUUUUUUAAUUACUUUGUACCUAUUUUGGAGGAUAUUUAUUUUUUUAAUGUUAUUUAUUGACAAUUAAACACAAAAUACAUAUUUAAUAUGGAUAUCAAUUAUUUUGUCGACUAUUAACAAAAUUCUUGACUUGAAGUUAUUCUAUAAUCUAAAAGAGGCUUUGAAUGAGACUAAAACUGAUAUGAGGUACUUAAAUUUCUAAGUAUUAAUGACAGUUUAACAAUAUUUUCAAUUUUUUUUUGUACAUAACUCAUUCGUGUUUGUGUUACUUAUUUAUUUUAUUAUUGUGUGCACAGUAUUAAUUAAUUUGAUAAAAACUAGGAUAAAUCUAAGGCUGAAAUGUUUUUUUAUACAAAAAAAUAAUGUUAAAACUUUGGAUUAAAGAAUGACCAACUUAUUCAACAUAGAAAUAAAAAGUUAAUACUUACUUGAUUCAUCAUCAACAACAAAAUCUCUCAAAUAAAACCAAUUUUGAAUGAAAAUUUAAAAUUUAUUGCUUUCCAUUCAUUAUAUCACAAUAAAUAUGUAUAAAGGGUAUCAUACAUUGGAACUUAAGGGUUUUUAUUGGGUCUCGUUUCCUUACUUUUAUAUGGGGAUGCUCAUUGUUUAUAGCUGAUCUAUUAAUCUACUCCUUGGAAAAUAUUUAGGACGUGGAGUAGUUUUAGCAGCCAAUAUUUGGAUUUCAUAGUUUCUGGUGCUUUGGAAGAAUAGCAGCGGCAAAGAAUUAUACAAAAAUCGAGGUAUAAAACUUGGUAUUAAAAAUUUUUACGUGUUCUAAAUUCAUCUGAAAAGUUCCUUUCCCUCUUGUUAUACUCAAUCAAAGACCCCAGAAUAUUCUUAUAAGUUCUUCAGUACAUUUACAAAAGACUCUAGAAGUGGAUAUUUAAUAUAUAAAUGGUGCAAACUACCAUUUAGUUUUACUAGAAUUUAUCUUUUGUCCCCUGUAAUAUAAUAAUCAAUAUUUGAUUUAUUUUCAUACCUGGGUGGAACAUUUUUCUAAAAUUCUUCGAAGAGUUUUAUGAUUUAAUACUUACUUUAGAUCAUAAUUGUCUACCUCUAUUUUUUUGAAGAUAUACAAAAAACGUGAACAAAAUCCUUCACACGAUGGAGAAUUUUUUAAAUGAUCUUGGGGAUAUGAUUCAAUAAGCAAAAUGCACUUUUUAGCUUCCGAUUUAUCCAAGUUUUUAAAUGAGGGUAUUAACAAUUAACCAAAUUUCUUUUAAUACAAAUUUCAUUUUUGCAGAAAAAAAAUUGUAAAUGGCAAUCUAAAUUCGUACAUUUGCCUAUAAUAAGGAUAAAAAAGGGAACAAUAUUUAAAUUGUAAUUGAAAAACUAUUUAUAUUUUGUAUAUUUGAACAUACUGUAAAAAUAUUACUACACUGUAUUAUACAAAAGUGUUAUUUUUUUUCUUAAUAAAAAACUUGAAACUAUAUAAA